AUGGGGGUGCCGGAUGUGGAGCAGGCUAAGAGACGACUUCAGGAUAUUCUUCGGAAAGCCCAGAAGCUCGAGAUACCGCCGCAAGAAGUGAUCUCCACGAGGACCGCCCAGAAGCUUCUUGCCAGGACGCGGAACGUCCUGGCAUGGACGAUCUGGAUCACUGUUUUUCUCGUGCUGCUCAGCGGGGUCGUCUAUGCACGGUGGCCAACAAGGCAGGAAGUCGAGACCAUUAGGACUGUCCUCAGGCGAACGUGCUCCGGCGCAACAUCGGGAGAAUUUUCGGAACGCGUGGCGGCUCUUCUGCAGUCCUCCUCCACUCAAGACGACUGCUAG